GAAGUUAAUUAAACUAAAUAAUUUUUUUAUUUUUCGAAACAUAAAACAAUGCAUUCCACAAUAAAGAAAUUCAUCUGAAUUGACAAAAUUUCUUUCGACAUUUUUAAACAGAGAAGAAUCACCUCGUUUAAUUGAAUUUUGAGGUUAGAAUGUGAGAAUCUGUUUCCAAGAUUUAUAUCAUGUUUGCCCGAUUAGUAUGACGCGAACUGUCGAAGUAUAUAUUAAAGUUCACUGUCCCUUGAUGACUUGGGAACAUGUAAGUGAAUAUGUAGUGAAAGCUCCUUCAAUGAAAAUUAGAGGAGACAAAUGUUGACUCUCUGUGUAUAACUGUUGACCACCAGUCAUUCGGCUCCGACCUGCACCAAAGUAGUUUUCAUUCAUUCAUUCAUUAUUUAAUUUUUAAGAUUUAUUGGACAAAAUUAACUAUAAUUAGAUAUUAAAAGAGGAAAGUAUCUAUAGAAACAAGUGAGAAAAAGAAAAACAAGAAAAAAUGGAUAGUUCUGAAUAUGAAUUGGUACGUAAUUUGACACUCCUCUUUUUCUUUGAACGUCUCAUGGAUAAAGGUGGUCCACGUACACUGCAUGAUUUAAGUUGUCAAUUUGGAGCAAAAGGUUUUACGAAAGAAAUGCGUCAAAUAGCCGGUGGUUCACAGAGUGGUCUUAAAAAAUUUCUAUCACAAUAUCCAUCACUCUUUCUUAUUGACGAUGACUACGUCUCGGUAAAUACAUUUCAACCAAUAAUUGAAGAAGACAGCGGAACAAAAUGCAGUGGUAAACGUGAUUAUGCACGCGAAGCCGUAGAAUAUUUUUCUAACAAACUGAUGCAGUACGGAGCCGGAACUGAGGUGCCGAUAAAAAGUCUACUUGGACAUCGUUCACAAGCAUCGCCUGAGGUUCGACACAUAUCAGGCCAACAUUAUAAGGAAUUUCAAAGUUUUCUCGAAAAGCAUCCCGAUGCAUUUGUCGUUCAUGACGAUACAGUAAUAUUAAAACAAUACGAGGGCAUGAAAGCCGAACCAUUUCGUGAAUUAGAACCCGAUAUAUCAAUUGAUCCCGAAGUAACAGCGAGAUUAUUAGAUUUCUUCGCCCUUUCAAUUGAACAAAAAGGUGUUAUCACUGUCGAUCAAUUAUUUUCAAUGGUGAAUGAAAAAUUCCCCCAAGACACAAUAUUUCAAACACAUCAAGAUCUAUCGACUUUUCUGAAAAUGUUCUCAGACGCAUUUCACGUGCAAAGUAAUUUGGUAACACUCAUCGGUCGGCCAAAAUCAUACCAAAACGAUGGUAAAGUAAAAAAGGAAAAUGCUAAAAACCAAAAUCAAAAUAAUAAUCAACCACAAAAAACAUCGAGUCCAAUACAAAAUCAAAUUACUCUUUUUCAAAAUUCACCCGACAGUAUUGUGUCGAAUAGUUCGAAUUCACAGCCAAAUUCAUUGCAGAAUAUUAUACAUUCGCCAACUGAAAGUAAUAAUAAUUCACCGCCAAUUAGUUUGCAGCAACAGACAUUGAAGCAGAGAAUAAAUACACUUGUUAUGAAAACAUUGGCCGAUAAUACGGAAAGAGAUCGUAGUUUGCAGAGUGUUCAAAUGGGUGACGCUUGGAAAUUAAAGGUGAUACAGCAAACAACAGUUAUUGUUAAUCCUCGUGAGUGCCUUCGUAUUGUUGAGGAUAUCAUGAAUCCUAGACGACCACCGGCUGAUGGGAAAAUUGUCAUUUCGGUCGAUUGCGAAGGCGUUAAUCUCGGCAUGAAGGGACAAUUGACACUUCUUCAAAUUGGAACAAUGAGCGGGCAAUCUUAUCUUUUUGAUUUAUGCACCUGUCCAAGUUUAAUUCAAGCCGGUGGGCUUCAACGACUUCUUGAAAAUGAAAAUGUUGUAAAAGUUAUUCAUGACUGUAGGAAUGACAGUGUCAAUCUUUAUAACCAAUUUGGAAUUGUUCUGAAUAAUAUUUUCGACACACAGGCUGCUCAUGCGAUUCUACAAUUUCAAGAAACUGGCAAACCUGUUUAUAAAGUGAAGAACGUUAAUUUAAACGCUCUCUGUGAAUUGUAUGGCGCACCUUGUAAUCUUCUAAAGGAACAAUUAAAAAAUAUUUAUCGUCGAGAUCAAAGAUAUUGGUCCAGACGUCCACUGACUCGCGACAUGCUAAUUUAUGCCAGUAGCGAUGUUCUCAGCCUCGUUCCCCAAAUUUACAACGCCAUGUCUAAACUCAUUAAGCCGGAGAUGUUGACACUUUUCGCAGAAUUAUGCGAAGAACAGGUGUGCAUGCACAUAAAGCCGCAGGAUGUGAAGACGAGAAAAAAGCAACGCAAGGUUGAAACCGAAGUGGCAGAUCUUCGUAAAAGAAUGGAGGAAACGACGGGAAAAAAUAUUGUUCUCAGUAAUCGGGAAAUUCGCCUUCUGCGUUAUUUAUCUCUCACUGAAGAGGAGAAGGAAAAAUUGAAAGGCAGCUACAAGGUGGCGAAAAAAUUGGAAAAACUGGAAAACAUUGGUGACAAAGAUAAAAACGAUUCUAGUGACGACGAUGACGACGAUGACAAAAAUGAUGACGCGGAAUAUCCAAGUCUCGACUCAGAAACAUCCCACUCGGGCGGUGUAGUGUCACCACGUAAUUCAGAAACACCAAGUCUCACCGAAUCAAUGCACAUGAUGGACGAAAUUCUCUCCGACGUGCAAAUGGAUCGUUUUGAAAAAAUUGAACGUCUCGAGGCAAUUUUAUCGGCAGUCACCGGUUCAACAAAUGACACUGACACAUUGGAUUCAGUGUCAACGGCAACAUCUCCUACCAAGUGUACGUGUAUGUGCCAAUUAAACAAAAUGUCUAAUCAAUCACAAAGUGUUCCAAAACAAAAUCAAGAAGUCGCGUGUCAAACCCUCAGCACUGGUGAUAUUGUAAUCACAAGGAUUCAUUUCUCCGAGGAGGAAAAGGAACGCGAAAGAUUACUCAAUUCACCAAAAAAAUAGGUAGUUUGAAAAAUUUUUGAAACCUCUUACGAGAAAAUAAGGAAAUGAAUUUUUUUUUUUUUUAAUAAUCCCAACAGUUUGAAGGACGAGUCAUUCUUAGAUUUUUAUUUCAGACAUUUUUUUUUAGACAAUUUUCAUUAGAUGAUUGUUUGAAACCUUAGAUAAUUUUUUUUAAUUAAUACCGCUAUCGAGUUGUUUUAAAUAUUUAUAAAUUUGCUGCUUUUUAAUUUUUUUUUCGUAGUAAUUUCUAACAAGGGAGAUUAAUUUUUUUUAUUCCCUAACUGAUUAAUUUAUUAAUGUUUAUCAAACAUUUUUUCAAUGUUUAUUUAUUAUUGUAUUGUAUUUAGUAGAAAUGCAGCAUUUUACAUUAUACGAAGUUAAUUUUAAUUGAAUAAUCAAAGAAUUGUUUCGGAAAACAAUGAUUUUUUUCCGAUGUUUUGAUUGAGAGCUGUGCCAUUGAUACGUUUUGCUUUCAAUCAUCACAUCGCUAAAUAUU